CACUCUCGCGACUGGCAUGAUCGAUCGUCUGUUGCGUCCGUAACCAAGCCGACGAUAUAACCUCCAAAGCGUCCGCCCAACAUGCGCCGGAGUCGAACACCGCCUCCAUCGCCCUACCGCGUUCUGGCGCACCAUGGCGGACCCCAACCACCGCAAGACUCGGGUGCCCUCAUCAGGUCCUUCAAUGUCGAGACCAAUCCCACUCGCCCGAUUCGCCCCUCUCCUCUGACGGCCUCGACCAUCCCGGACAUGCCUCUCGACCUGGUGGACCGAAUCCGAUCGUUUCCCCUCUUCGUGUCCGCCCCAGAAGGCUUCCUCGUUGCGAUUGGCACCCAUCUCAAACCCCAGGUCCAUGCCGCCCAAGACCACAUCCUCACAGAAGGCGACGAAGCAAAAGCCAUGUACUGGCUGGUCCGUGGCGUGGUCGCCGUCACGUCCCGCGACGGCGAAGCUGUCUAUGCCGAACUCAAACCCGGCGCCUUCUUUGGCGAGAUUGGUGUGCUCAUGGACGUUCCACGAACUGCGACUAUCAUUGCGAGGACGAAAUGCCUGCUGGUCGUUCUUAAGAAGGAGGACCUACACGCCGAACUGCCCAAGUAUCCUGACAUGGAAAAGGCUAUUCGCCAGGAAGCACAGGAAAGGUUGACCAUCUUGAAAAAGAAGCGGCAGGAAGGCAGGCAAAUGGCCAAUUCUUUGAGCAAUAACCUAGCCCGAGAAGCAGUGCCUGGCGAAGUUAGUACCGGAGAGUCGGGCAGCAUCAAGGAGGGCGCCGUGGUCAGAAGCAAGAAGCGCAAGUCGCCCAGUCCUGGUGUGAUUGACGACCCGACCAUUAGUGGUAGCGCCCUGGGAAGCGGUUACGUCAAUGUGCGAAAGACGCUUAAAGAGCUUCCGCUGUUCUCGACGCUGCCUCCCGAUAUUCUGCACUUCCUGGGCCUAAGCGCACAGCCAAAGUCGUACUCGCCUUUUACCGACAUUGUCCGUCAAGGCAGUCCUGGUAACGACAUUUUCUUCAUAGUUCGGGGUGAAGCCGAGGUCGUACACGAAUCGGAAAAGACGUUCUCACGACCCCGUCUAAAACAAGGACAAUACUUCGGUGAGGUGGCUAGCCUAGGCUUGUCCGAAGGGAGAACUGCCACGGUCCGGUCCAUUACUGCAGUCGAAUGUUUGAUGAUUGGAGGGGAUGCGCUUGAAGAGCUCUGGAAGCGUUGUCCACCCGAGAUUCGGUCCCAGGUGGAAGAGACGGCUCGGAGGCGCAUCAAGGGAACGGAUGAAGAUGUGGAGAUGGUGGAUGCCCAGCCCGAAGUUACCUUCACCACACCUUCGAAGCCAACCUCGCCGGCUAAAGACAAGACACAACAGCCCACAGAUCCCGAUCCGUUCCUUAGCGUGGACAUGGAGAACAUUCGCAAUCGCCGUAGGAACUCGAUCGUCCCGCCAACUCCUCAAACCGAUGCUUCUGCCAUCGUUAACGGCAUGAAGGCUAUCACUCCCGAGAGCAGCCCGCUGCGACAUUCGGUGGCAGACGGCUCCCCGAUCCCGAGCAAGCGCGCGCGAACUUUACCUUGGAGACCAUCCACGAUCGAAGACGAAGCCAAGAAGCUUUCCCUGCCGGAUGACAUCCUGGUGUGCAUCUUCCAACACAUGGAUCUCCUCGAGUUGAUCAGACUACGAAUUGUUUGCCGAGACUGGCGUCGCCUGCUCACCACCAGCCCGAACCUCUGCACCCAUGUUGACCUCAGUCUGAUCAACCGCAAGGUGACCGACUGGUCCCUUAUUCACAUCCUUGCCCCCUUCAUUGGUCUGCGGCCUGUCGAGGUUGAUAUCAGCAACUGCUUCCACAUCACUGACGAAGGGUUCCAAGCCCUGUGGAAACAAUGCGGCAAGAACAUCAAGGUCUGGAAGAUGCGCAGUGUCUGGGACGUUUCCGCGUCGCAAAUUCUCGAAAUGUCCGAAAACGCCAAAAGUCUCGAGGAACUCGACUGGUCCAACUGCCGCAAAGUAGGCGACAACUUGCUCGCCAGGGUAGUUGGCUGGGUGGUCCCCGAGCCUCCCCCAUCCCGGUCCUCUGAGAAUGGCAAGGUGGUCAUCGCCUCUUCCAACUCUCGUAGCCGUCGUUCAAAGCCUACCGCCAACGGCUCAGCCACCGCUCCCGCCCAGCCACCGCCCGGCACCGUCAUAGGCUGCCCCAACCUGGCCCGCCUUAAUCUCUCCUACUGCAAACACAUCACCGACCGCUCCAUGCACCACCUCGCGCUACAUGCCUCCUCCCGUCUCCAAUCUCUCUCCCUAACACGCUGCACAAGCAUUACCGACCAAGGCUUCCAAACCUGGUCUCCGCAUCGCUUUCCCAACCUCACGACCCUCUGCCUAGCAGAUUGCACCUACCUCACCGACACCUCCAUCAUUGCCCUAGUGAACUCGUGCAAGUCCCUAACCCAUCUCGAUCUUUCCUUUUGCUGCGCCUUGUCCGAUACCGCCACCGAGGUUAUUGCGCUCGGUCUGCCGGGUCUGAGGGAACUACGGAUGGCGUUCUGCGGCAGCGCUGUGUCCGACGCGAGUCUGGGCUGCGUAGCGCUGCAUCUCAACGAGCUUCGUGGGCUGAGCGUGCGCGGGUGCGUGCGAGUGACGGGGGUGGGCGUGGAGAACGUCCUGGAGGGGUGUGGAAGACUGGAGUGGGUGGAUGUUAGCCAGUGUAGGAACCUCGGGGGGUGGUUGGUUGGAGGAGGAGUGGGGAGGUGGGGAUUUGAUGAGCGCGUUGUAAAGAAAAAGGGUGGUGAUGAUGCUUUGAGGAUGAUGGAGAGCAAGGCACAAGGGGGUAAGAUGGGAGCUGGAGGGGUGGGUGGUGGUGUGCAGAGACCGAGGGGAAACAACGGCGGACUGAGACAAAGUAGAGGUAAGGUGUUAGGACCGGGACCGGUGAUGAGGCCAAUUAUCCCGCCGAAAGGAGUGACAAACCACCGGACGAGGAAGCCGAUUCGAUUCGUGGUUGAGAAGUGUGGUCUCGAGUUAAGGUGAGGUUGCACGAGAGUCCGAGGCUGAGCCAGGAAUGACAUAGAGGGAUGACAUGGAACUGGACAUACAUACAUGGGCUGGUUAACU